CUGUGGGUUGUAUGGUGCGCGCGAACAGAGAAGCGUGAAACUUUCCCCAAGAAAACGAUGUUGUCUAUACUGUUGUGGCUUUUGUUUUUUGAGGGGUCACACAGUCUCAAGCUCGUUGAGCUAAAUGUUCCUGAAGGAGUUGCCCGUGGUGCCCCCGUGUGGAUGUAUUGUGGAUAUAACUUGGAGGGAGAUGAGUUGUACUCCGUGAAGUGGUACAAAAAUAAUGUGGAGUUUUAUAGGUUUUUGCCAAGUGACAAACCGCCUGGACAGAAGUACGAUCUUCUAGGAGUACACAUCAAUCUCCAGAAAUCAAACAAAACUCACGUGUAUUUACAAAAGACUGAACUUCAAAGUGGGGGUUCCUACGGCUGCGAAGUCUCUACUGAAGCGCCAUCUUACCACACUGUGAAGGCUGAGAAGGUAUUAAAGAUUUAUGACAUACCAGAAGAAAAACCAGUAAUUGAGGGAGCUAAGCAAGCUUAUCAGAUCGGUGACGAAGUGAACGUCACUUGUUUCUCAUUGUCCUCCAAGCCUAUUGCAAGUCUACAAUGGAUUAUCAACGGGAAAACAGCAACCAGCAACUAUCUUACAUAUUAUCCCGAGGAGUACACCGUUGAUGGGUUAGGAAGCACGGCACUUGGCCUAACCUUUAUUGUAAACUAUGGUCACUUUCAGUACGAUAUGAUGACCUUAGGAUGUAAAGCGACGGUCACUCAGAACUAUUCGACAUUCAGUGAAGAAAUCGUCAUCGGAGAAAAUGUUGAAGCAGAAACACUUCGUUCUCCAGAUGUACUAGUUCAUACUGGAGGACCGAAAAUCUCCGGUGAAAACAACAGAUAUGGAGUUGGAGACAUAUUGGAACUGAACUGUACGUCUGUUCCCCUGAAGAAACCUCAGAGACUAGCUUGGUAUAUUAAUGGAGUCCAGGCAGAUCCUGUUCACGUAGUUCACUACCUUCCUUAUCAAAAUUCCAACGGUGACAUUCAGUCGACAGCCGGACUAAGGUUCCAGAUCCGUCAGACACAUUUCCACACAGAGGGACUGAGGCUUUCGUGCUCAGCUACUAUUUCGAAGGUUAUUGGAGAAAGGCUAACGGAGAUCGUUAUUGGAGGAUUCCAACACAGCCCAAGUCUGCAGGUGUCUGUAGGGAGCGAAGAUUCGAGCAGAUGCUCCAGUGUUACUCCGUGGAUAACAAUGUACCUGCUGAUUUUAAUGUUUUUUGUUUAAUGUGACGUGUUUGUGCGCCGAGAAGUAAAAAAUACUCGACCACAGUUGCCCAGCUUGAAGAAUUGCCUUCCGAACCAUAUCCAAGGAAAGCUUCUUGAAAAUGACUUUUGUUAUCGAGGGCACAUAUGCCUGUGUGGAGUCGA